CACAGCUAGAGUGGGGGCUGACACACAUACAGAACGCUGUUGCGGGCGAGUUGAAUUCCCGUUAUUUUACCUGAUAAAGUCUUAAUACAGAAGAAAAUCGCGGUGGUCUUACUAGUAUCGGAUAAAGGACCCUCCACAAUAUGUGUCAUGUGUCGCAGUGAGGAUUUCAGAGUUUCCUGCAAAGUGAUGCGUCACCACAUGAAGCUGCUUCAUCAUUAACCGUUAACCACCGACUGAAGUCUCAGAUGUUGCUGCAGUGUGCCACACUCACACCUGAAGCAGAAGAAGUACCAGGCUUAUCUAGCACCUCCUCAUCCUCCUGCCCUCUGAUCCAUGAACCUGGACGAUUUUCCUCCCAGACUCCCACAGCUCCAACACCUCCGCCACAGCAGCGUGUUCACCCAGAACCCACCUUCAUCCAGCAGCAUCCUCCUCAUCCUCUCACAGCACUGACUCUACUGUCAGUAAGGUUGGUUCACAGAUGUCGACCUCACGGUUAAAAGAUCGCUCAGAGUCUCCGACACUUCGAUCCUGAACAGGAAACAAGAUGACCUCCAGCAUCGACCGGGAUGACAGCAGUAUCUACGAUGGCUUUAAUGAGGAGGAUGACAAGGACAAAGCAAAACGUGUGUCCCGGAACAAGUUGGAGAAGAAACGUAGAGACCAGUUCAAUGGCCUCAUCAAAGAGCUGGGCACCAUGCUGCCCGGAAACACCCGGAAGAUGGACAAGUCAACAAUUUUACAGAAGAGCAUCGACUUCCUGCACAAACACAAAGAAAUUGCUGCACAGUCUGAGUCGACGGAGAUCCGACAGGACUGGAAACCUCCUUUUCUUAGUAAUGAAGAGUUCACUCAGCUGAUGUUGGAGGCACUGGAUGGAUUUUUUCUUGCUAUUAUGACGGAUGGAAAUAUAAUCUAUGCUUCAGAGAGUGUGACGUGUCUGCUGGAACACUUACCUUCUGAUCUGGUGGAUCAGAAUCUGUUAAACUUCCUGCCCAAAGGAGAACAUUCAGAAGUUUAUAAAGCUCUGUCGUCUCAUAUCCUGGAGGGAGAGAUGCUCACGCCUGAGUAUCUGAAAACUAAAAACCAGCUUGAGUUCUGUUGCCACAUGCUGCGAGGGACGAUUGACCCCAAAGAGCCUCCUGUGUAUGAGUAUGUGAAGUUCAUAGGAAACUUUAAGUCCCUGAAUAAUGUGCCUAACUGUAACCAUAACGGAUUUGACGGGGUGAUCCAGCGGUCGUCCCUUCACGCCGCCUUCGAGGACAGAGUGUGUCUCAUAGCAACUGUGAGGCUCGCCAAUCCUCAGUUUAUCAAGGAGAUGUGCACAGUUGAAGAGCCGAAUGAGGAAUUCACCUCCAGACACAGUUUGGAGUGGAAGUUUCUCUUCUUGGACCACAGAGCGCCCCCUAUCAUAGGUUACCUCCCAUUCGAGGUCCUUGGUACAUCAGGGUACGAUUAUUACCACGUAGACGACCUGGAGACUCUGGCCAAAUGUCACGAACACUUGAUGCAGUAUGGAAAAGGAAAGUCUUGUUACUACCGAUUCCUCACCAAAGGGCAGCAGUGGAUUUGGCUCCAGACUCAUUACUACAUCACGUAUCAUCAGUGGAACUCCAGACCCGAGUUCAUCGUCUGCACCCACACAGUGGUCAGUUAUGCUGAAGUUAGAGCAGAGCAACGCAGAGAGCUCGGGAUUGAGGACUCACCACCUGAGAUCAGAGCAGACAAGCAGUCUCAGGAUUCGGGAUCUGAGUCUCAGGAAAACACAACCAGCCUGAAGGAAGUGCUGGAGCGCUUUAACAACAGCCCAACUCCGUCUGCUUCAUCUCGCAGCUCACGCAAGUCCUCGCACACCGCUGUGUCUGACCCCGCCUUAUCUCAGGUGAAGCUGCAGGGUGAUAGGAGCACGCCAGGCCGCCAGUCAGUCUCUGCCAUGGACAUGACGUCACAGCGUAGAUCAUCUCUCAGCAGCCAGCAGUCGAUGAGCUCCCAGAACACAGGACAGACCACGACUCCAUCCAUGGUCACACAACAACACCAACAGCAACUCCAGCAACAACAGCAGCAGCAGCAGCAGCAAGUCCAGACUCACAACCAGUCCAUGGUGCAGUUCUCCAGUCAGAUCGAAGCCAUGCAGCAUCUGAAGGAGCAACUGGAGCAGAGGACGAGACAGAUCGAAGCAAACAUCCAGAGACAGCAGGAAGAGCUGCGACAGAUCCAGGACGAGCUGCACAGAGUGCAGGGACAGAGUCUGCAGGUCAGAAUAAGGAGAAAAUACAGACUCAUAACCAUAUCAGUGCUUUGUGAGUGGAGCUUCCUCUGUUUUAGCUCCAUGGGGAGUCAGUGUGUGUGCUUUGUGUUUCAGAUGUUCUUGCAGAAAGGAGCUGGAGGUCUGAAUGUCAACGCUGUGCAGCAGGGGACAACGGUCAACCUGCAGGGCCCUGUAGUCUCUGCAGGAGCUCUGCAGAGCAGCAUCCAGCAGCAACAAACAGUCCAGAACCAGAGCCAGAGCCAGCAGCAAACACUGAUGCAGGAUCAGAACACAGCACUUUCCCAGUCUCAGCGGUCAUCCGUCACUCUGCAGCCUCAGCAGAAUCCUCUUCCUGCAUCUCUCUACAACACCAUGGUGAUUCCUCAGCAGAGCCCGACUAACGUGGUCCAGAUCACCACCAGUCUGCCUCAGAAUCCUGCACCCAACACUCCAGCUGUGGCUACGUUUGCACAGGACCGGGGCGCUCAGAUCAGGUUUCCCACUGCUCCUCAGCUGCUCACGAAGCUGGUGACGGGUCAGAUGGCGUGCGGGGCCGUCAUGGUGCCCACUACCAUGUUUAUGGGCCAGGUGGUGACAGCCUUUGCUCCUCAGCAGGGUCAGACUCAGACCAUCAGGAUUUCCCAGCAGCAGCAGCAGCAGGAGCAGAUGCAGUCACAGGUCACAGCUCUGCAGACAGGACAGACGCCUCUGACGCCGCAGCAAACACAACAGCUCCUCCAGGCUCCCCGUCUUCUUCAUGGGAAUCAGUCAACUCAGCUGAUCCUGCAGGCCGUCUCUCUGCAGCAGCAGGGAACCUUCACAGCCACGAGCCAGCAACAACAACAACAACAACAACAACAACAACAACAACAACAACUACAGCAACAACAGCUGCAACAACAACUACAACAACAACAACAUCAGCAGCAGAAGCAGACGCUGGCUGCUCACAGGACGGAUGGUCUGUCUGAUCGCUCAGCUGCUCAGCCUCAGUAAAAGACAAAUGAUUUAAAGACAAAACAAAGCAUGUGUCUUUGUGACAGGGGUCUGAGGGGAGGAUACAUUCACUUACAGCUGCACAGAGACCUCAGAAGCCCCGCCCCCUGAUCCCCUCACAUCCAUGUUUUGCUGGUUGCACUAAAAACUUGUGAGCUGCAGAGGAGCCGGAACCAGGCUGCUGCAGGUCCAGGUUUAAGCCUUUUCUCUGAGGAAACAGGGUGUCACAUAGGAACCCCGCCCCCCCAAAAGCCUGUGUGUUUAGUGAGUAUAUUUGUGUAGGUGCGUGUGUAACCCCCCCCCCAUCCACAGAGUUAUUUUAUGAAGAGCUCUCAGGCUUCAUGGAUGUUCGGCAAAGCAGCCAGAAGCUUCUUUGUUUGUUUGUUUGUUGUUUUGGAUGUUUUAUGUAAAAAGGGUCUAUGAUGGGUCAGAAAAUAUUUUUGCGAAUGUGUGCUAAGGAUUGAUCUUUCCCUGUACAAAACAUGAUAUGUAAUAUAUUCUGUAAAUACCAUAAAAAAGAAGAACUAAUAUUUUA